AAUAACAAUGUUCGACAAAAUAUUAUUUUGUUAUGUAGCAAAUGGAGAAAAAUUUGUGAUUUGUGAUAUUAUGUGAAUAUCUACGAUGUUAUCUAGGAAAUUGAAAAAAAUUAUUUGUGAUUUGUACAGAAAUUUUCGGAUAUGAAAGUCUAGGAUGGAUUUAGUAAAAAGACUAUUAGUGGAUCCGAAGAUAAAAUAUAAAAUGAAAUUAUAUAAAAAAGUUAAUGCGAAUCGCAAUGUAAGGAUUUUUACCUUCAAGUUACCCGAAGAUGACAUGAUAUUAGGCCAUGCUUGUGGACAACAUUGUUUGUUUCACGCCAAAAUUGGAGGCAAAGAUAUUUCAAGAACGUAUUCCCCAACAUCAAUUUGUUCUACAAGAGGAUAUGCUGAAUUUAUGAUAAAGAUUUAUUUUAAAAACGAAGACCCUAAAUUCCCGGCUGGUGGUAAAAUGUCACAACAUUUGGACAGUCUGAAAAUUGGUGAUGUAAUCCAAGUAUCUAAUCCUUCUGGUAAAGUUAUUUAUAAGGGAGGAGGUAAAUUCUAUAUAACUCAUAAAGCUGGGACGCUUGUAGUAAACACCAAAAAACUUGGAUUUAUAGUAGGCGGAAUUGGAAUCACUCCUGUAAUACAAAUGUUGAGGACAAUAAUAGCCGAUCCUCUAGAUGGCAUAAACUGUACCCUCAUCUACGCCUCCAAAACCGAAGCAGACAUUAUUGGCAAAGAAGAAUUAAACGAAACGGCUAAAAAAAUGCCAGGCCGGUUAAAAAUCUGGCAUACACUAGAACAGCCUCCCCCUGACUGGCGAUUCGGCAAAGGGUUUGUUUCAAAAGAUAUGAUGAGAGAUCAUCUUUUUCCACCAAGUACACAAUCGUUAAAUUUGCUGUCGGGCCCUUAUCCGAUGCUUAAAGCUUUGGCAAAACAAUUAUCCGAUCUGGGUUAUAGUAAACAAAUGUAUAGUAGAUAUUUUUGAAUAAAUUUUGUCAACGUA